AUGUUCCAACACUUCACUGGACUCCGAGUUCUUCGUCUCCAACACAAUGAUAUCCAUGAUAUCGGUACCGGGGCCUUUUAUCUGCGCCGGCCUGACCUUGACGCAGCAAAUUUGAUAUACAGAAACGAUAAACAAAUCAAAGAACUGAUGAAUACCCCAAGCAAAUAUUUACCAAUUCACGCAGUCCACUUGAGCGCCUCCGCUUCAGCAGAUGAUGCACGAAUCAUAGAGGCAGCAGAGAUGGCCGUCAAAUCGGAAGCCAGAACCGAAGCCCAACCCAGACCGGAGGACGCAAUGCAUAAUUUACCAGCUGGACUACUCCUACUCGACAUCUCCGGUAACCAACGUCUAAGAAUCUUGGAACCAGCAUGGAUGUUUGGCUUGAGUUUCUUAACAGAACUGUAA